AUGUCUCAAUUCACCCAAUUAUUCCCAUCAUGCCCAAAAUUCACUGAUAAGGAUGUCCCAGAUCAAAUUGGGAAGGUCUUUAUUGUCACUGGCGGUGCCUCGGGAGUAGGGUUCGAAGUAUCGAGGAUCUUAUAUGAAAAGAACGCGACGGUUUAUAUUGCAGCAAGGACCGAGUCUAAGGCUGGAAAAGCCAUCAAUAAUAUCAAGCAGCGCUACGGAAGUAAUGGCAGAUUAGAGAGUUUAGUGCUCGAUCUCGCAAAUCCCGCUACCAUUAAACCUGCAGUGGAGAGCUUCACAUCCAAAGAGCAAAGACUUGAUGUACUGUUCAACAAUGCAGGUGUGAUGGGUACAAGUCCUAAUGAGAAGACAAUUCAAGGCUACGAAUUGCAAAUGGGAACUAAUGCUCUAGGCCCAUUUCUUUUAACCAAGCUCCUUGAACCAAUUCUCAUAAGAACUGCUGCGCGGCAAACGUCUUUUGGAAAUGUGAGGAUUGUAUGGGUUAGCUCCAUGCUAGACAUCGGUACACCCAAAGGCGGUGUAGUCUGGGAUGCACAAACAGAUGAACCUGCGCUGCACGUCAACAUGAUGGCGAAUUAUAUGCAAUCCAAAGCUGGAGUUACCUUUCUCGGUCAUGAAUUCGCUAAGAGACUUAGCGACAAGGGAAUCAUCUCAAUGUCUCUUCACCCAGGCAUGUUGAAAACUGAAUUGCAAAGAAAUAUGCCUGCACCAGUGCGUGCAGCUAUGGGAAUGGUAUUCAAGGGACCUAUAUACGGUGCUUAUACGGAGUUAUUCGCGGGGCUCUCGUGUGAUAUUACGGCCAGAGACAAUGGCGGGUAUAUCAUUCCUUGGGGCCGGAUAGGCUCAGUUCCGGGGCAUAUGGCUGAAGGUAUGAGAUCAGAAGAAGAAGGCACUGGUCUAUCAGAAAAAUUCUACAAUUGGUGCGAAGAAACUAUGCGCCCGUAUCAAUGA